CCCGCCAAACGCAUCAAAGCGCCCGGCGUAGCACAGGUUUGUCAUACUCAUCGACGAGUGGCCGGGGAGCGGAAGUGCGUCAGAGGAAGGAGCGGGCCGUGUCCGCUCGCGAGUGGCGUCCCCCUUCCGGUUGGAGUCUCCCGCGCCGGUUGAUGAGGAAAGUGUGGCGGAGGGGCGUCGGCGGCAGCAGGAUGGAGGGCGCUGCCGGGCGGGGCGAUGAGGACGAGUCUAACAGCCAUGGGUCCCACAAGAAGAAGCACAAGAAACAUAAGAAGAAGCACAAAAAGCGACAUCACCGUGAGGAUGGAGUUGUGGCAGCAGUGGAAUUGGGUGCUGCCCUCCCCAAGCCCCAGCUGAAGCUCAAGAUCAAGCUGGGUGGGCAGAUCUUGGGCACUAAGAGUGUGCCCACCUUCACCGUCAUCCCCGAGAGGCCACGCUCCCCCUCCCCGCUGAUGGUUGUGGACGAUGAGGAUGAGCCCAUGGAAGGGGUGCCCAUUGAACAGUAUCGAGCCUGGCUGGAUGAGGAUAGCAAUCUGGAGCCCUCCCCGCUGCCAGAGCUCGACACCGACCUGGCCUUUCCCGCUCGUGAAGAAGAGGAGGAGCAGCGCUGGCUGGACGCCCUGGAGCGGGGGGAGCUGGAUGACAACGGGGAGCUCAAGAAGGAGGUGGACGAGUCCUUGCUCACCGCCAGGCAGAAAGCCCUCCUGCACAAGCAGCAGAGCCAGCCCCUGCUGGAGCUGCCGAUGGGCUACAAGGCCAAGGAGCUGACCGAGGAGAUGCUGGUGAAGCGGGAGGAGCGGGCUCGCAAGCGGCGCCUGCAGGCUGCCAAGAAGGCCGAGGAGAACAAGAACCAGACCAUCGAGCGCCUCACCAAGACCAGCAAGGCCAAAGUGAAGACGCUGCGCGAGCGCAAAGCCAAGGCGGCCGCGGCCCCCACGGUCUGCUACCGCAGUGCUGCUGAGGGCAUCACCGUGUCCUUCCCUCCAGGAGCCGCCCUGCCUUUGCUGCCCCCCCUCCUGCCUGUCCUGCCCCCAGCCACCGCCUGUGGGGUCAGCGGCUGCCCCAACCUCAAGCGCUACUCGUGCUCCCGCACUGGGGUGCCCCUCUGCAGCCUGGCCUGCUACAAGAAGAAUUUGUGGCUUCAACAGGUGGCAGCCUAGCAGCAUUUCGCCGCCCCCCCCCUUGCACCACAGUGGGGCCAGAGAAGUGCCGCCUGCUGCUGCUGCUGCUAGAAGGCGCCGGGACUCCUCUGCGAGCUGCUCUGUAAUCAUGGCGAGGAGGGGCCAGAGGGCGGCCACAACCCAUUCAUUCCCCCUGAGCGGAGGCAGCCGGGUGGUGGCAGUGCCAGGCUGUCCAUUGGCCAGGAAGGGCAUCGCUUCUCAAACGGGCUGGGCCCCAGCAGCAGCCGGCCUCCCCCCCCCCACUUCUGAGACUGCCAGCACCUAGGUGUUUCGUGAGGAGAGCGUCUCUCAAAGCAGACCUGGUGCCGCCUGCAGUUCUGCUUCACGUGGAAGGAUGUGAUCCACGGUGGUGUUACUGCUGCAGGCUACUUCCUGGUCAUGCAGGACCCGGAGGGGGAGAGUGUGUGUGUGUGUGUGUGUGUGUGUGUGUGUGUGUGGAGUCAGCCCUGCGGACGUCUGAACUGGCAUGGGGCCCCAAGAAGUGGCUCCAGCAAUCCCGCUGUUCCUCUUGUACCUCCCCCUCUCCAAUUCCGCUGCCUUUAGGAGCCUUGCCGUCAGCUGUUACAUGAGGGCAGGAAAGGAUGGGUGGCAUUUCAAAGUUCCUGGCUCAGUCAAACCUGGAGAUGAACAUGGUUUUAUUGGUCGUUUCUUUAUGGUGAUAUGAAUUAGAGAUGCAAUGAAUAUUAAAAUAUUGAGAAGAG